GGGUGAAGAACCACAGAGAGGAGCUGCUCCUGCUCCGGGAACGGGGAGAGUGACAAAGCCCCAGAGCCCAGGCAGCCCUGGCCUCCAAGAUGUCCUUGAAGGUGCAGACCAGCAACAUCACCAACAAGAAUGACCCCAAGUCCAUCAACUCGCGGGUGUUCAUCGGCAACCUCAACACGGCGCUGGUGAAGAAGUCGGAUGUGGAGACCAUCUUCUCCAAGUACGGGCGCGUGGUCGGCUGCUCCGUGCACAAGGGCUACGCCUUCGUGCAGUACUCCAACGAGAGGCACGCGCGCGCCGCCGUGCUGGGCGAGAACGGCCGCGUGCUGGCCGGACAGACCCUGGACAUCAACAUGGCCGGGGAGCCCAAACCCAACAGACCCAAAGGGCUGAAGAGAGCAGCCUCUGCCUUGUACAGUGGCUACGACUUCGAUUAUGACUAUUACAGAGACGACUUCUACGACAGGAUCUUCGAGUACCGGGGCCGGGUGUCCCCGGUGCCGCGGGUGGUGCCGGUGAAGCGGCCGCGCGUCACCAUCCCCCUGGUGCGGCGCGUCAAGGCCUCGCUGCCCGUCAAGCUCUUCGCCAGGUCGGCUGCCAUCGCCAACAGCUCGGCCAGGCUCAAGUUGAAGAGCAGCGAGCUGCAGACAAUCAAAACUGAGCUGACACAGAUCAAAUCCAACAUUGAUGCUCUCCUGGGCCGGCUGGAGCAGAUUGCUGAGGAGCAGAAGCUGUCUGCAGAGGCCCGGAAGAAGGCGGAGAGCAGCAAGAGUGAGGUGUCCCAGGAGGACACGGCCUCCGAGGCCGAGGCCACCGCCGAGGAGCCGCUCAACGGGGACGAGGGCGAGGAGGAGGGGCUGGCACGGGAGGAGUGUGAAGAUGAACUGGAGAACAGCCAUUACACAGACGUGGAGGAUGCCAGGCUACAGUAACCAGCAUGGAGCUGGGCUGCUCAGCUGGGUCACUGGCCAGCCCUUCACCCCCUUUCCUGAGUGACAAAUCUCUGGGGUUCAAGGACGGUGCUGUAGCUCCCCCUUCUCUCCUUGCAGCGGAGCAGCAGUGUGAGGAAAGCACGAGGCUAAACCCUGUCCUGGCACGUUGAGCAAGACAAGCUGAAUGGAAGUGCUGCUGUCAUCUCUACCUGGCAUUCAAAGGAGAAACAUGGCCCGACAUCUUCCAUCCAUCUGUAAAGCAAAGGCAAAGAAAACUCAUCCUCCCAGCAGAUCCCCUCCACCCCUGCAAUGGAUUCGGAGCUCUGCAGCCAGCAGAGGAGGCGGGAGCCAGACGUGCACAACCCAGAGCCACCACAGAGAGCAGAAGUGUCCUGAGGUGUUCUAGAGCUGCUUGCAGGAGAGCAGAGAGAGCUCAGCCCAGCCCAGUUAAGACAUUUUUCCUUUGCGAGGUGAGAGCCAGAGCAUUUCCUAACUGAGGGAGAAGCAGUGUCUCAGUUUGGACAGUUUGUGUUCUUGUGCUGAAGAUCCAGCUGGGUCAGAGGCUGUGGGGUGAGCUGUCCUCCAGCACAGCCACCUCCUGUCACCUCUCUUGUGCCCCACGAGCUGCUGUGUGUCCACGGUCGCUUCCAGGUGGAAAGGAGUCGGUGCUGGAGCAGUUGCUGUGCUCUGGGAAGCGGCUUGAAGAGGGAUAGGGGAGAGGAAGCUGCAGGAAAGCAAGUGAUCCCAAGCAGGAGAAAGCAAGCAAACGUCACCCUCAGUGGUUUGGUGUCUUCAUCCUCCACCGUGUGAGGGCUGAGCAAGCCUCUGCAGAGUGAGGGGUGCGAGCAGAUGAGACCCUUUCCUUGGACCAGCUGCUCCCCAGAAGGGAUGUGGAGCACCCAACUCCUGCAGCCUGGAGCCAGAGACAUCAGCCCCUUCCCUGGCUGCCCAUGUCUCCUCCUGCCCCGGUCAGGACACGCCAGGGGAGUGGUGCUGCCACUCCUGCCUGAGCUCCAGCGCCAGGGUGACGGCGUGCCCGAGGCCGGGGACACCCCGGGCAGGGUGUGCCAGCACCUCCCCUGCUCCCCAGAUCCCAGCUGCUUUGCCCCCUGCCCCGUGCUGUGAGCAGAGGGCUCAUCGUGGGACCCCCGCACCGAGAGGCCUCGGCCGUUCUCCUCCUUGUUUCUCCCUCCUGGACUCCGUUUUCCCGGGACUGGAGCUUGGGCAGCUUUACCCAGAGCUGCUGUGUCCUGCCUGCCCUUCCCCUCCAGGACAGCACACACAUCCGUGCUUGGAACCAGAGCAGUGUCCACACCUUCCCCCGGCCAGUCCCUCCCACACAACACCUGCGUGCUCCCAGUGCUCCAGCCUCAUCCACAGCAUCUCCUGGAAGGGUGAAGGGAAAACAGCUCCAGGGGUGACACUUCCCUGCCCCUGGUGCCGUCCUGGAGCACACGUGGCUCUUGAAGCACAAAGUUUUCUUUGCAUUUCUUAGUUUGGGCUGCUUGGGGAGGGGUUGGAGGGAGCCCCGUGCUUGCCCUGCCCUUGUUCCUGUGCAAGGUCUGCCCCGAGUUGUCCCGAGCUGUUCUCCAGGCCUGGAGAGAUGAGCUGCAGGUUUGGCUGUGAACUGACUGUGCUGCUGCUGUUUGGGAGAGAGGUGACC